AAACCCCUCCACACCUAUCUGCUCCAGUCGCUGGUGAACCUUGUUGCAAGUCCAGCCCAGGAUGUCUCAGCAGAAGCAGAAGCAGUGUGCUCCCCCGCAGCAGUGCUGCCCCCCACCCCAGCAGUGCUGCCCCCCACCCCAGCAGGGCUGCCCCCCACCCCAGCAGGGCUGCCCCCCUCCCCAGCAGUGCUGCCCCCCACCCCAGCAGUGCUGCCCCCCACCCCAGCAGUGCUGCCCUCCACCUCAGCAGUACUGCCCCCCACCCCAGCAGACCAAGCAGCCUUGCCAGCCCCCACCCAAGUGCCAGGAGCCCUGUGCCCCCAAGCGCCCACCCCCUCAGCAGUGCCAGACGUCCAAGCAGAAGUAAGCCCUGGGCAUGUGAUCAGAGGCGAACCCCCAGGAAAAACAGAGCAUGAAGUUCCUUCUGGGCCAGCAUCUUACACUCCACAGGCCAAGCAAAGCCCUGCUCACCAGUGCUUCUGUAUGCAGCCACACUUCACACUUGCAGGAGAGGCAGCACCAGGCUGGCGGCUGGCGGCUUCCUCGAGCCCUACUCUUCUUAAUUAGCAGCUGCAGUUUCCAUCUCAGACAAGGAUCUAGUUCUAAACUAUCUAAUCAUCUUUCCUGACUUGCAUCUACAUUGCCCUGCUGGAAGCAUGAGCAGCAUGCCCAGACAUCUUCUCCUACCACGCUUCCCCUCAGCUCCUGUUUUCAAACAAUCAAAAUAGAAUUCCUCUGGCA